CCGAGCCUCAGGUUGAACCAAAGACGUGCCGGCUGCUGCUCGUGCGUCACGCUCCUUGCAAGCCACCUGAAACGACAAUGGGGAGGUUGCAUUUUUAUGUCCUUUGGUCCCUGCGUGACGCCCCCCGCCAGUUCAUCAGCAAGUCCAACCGGAGUGUCUUCCAAGUCCACAUCCCGCUGCCUCUCCCCAAACACCUGGUCAUCUUCGGCCUCGGCGAAUGGGAAUGCAGCGAGGCCACGAUCUCCGUCGACGUCCUGGUCAGCGCAGAACUACUGGCCCAGAGAAUCGGGACCCUCUCGGCUCAAGCGAGGUGCUUGACUUGGGAGGGCGAGUGGAGCCCUGACGUUGUCACAGUGGCAGCCGAGAGAGGCCGGAGAGGAGUUUACGGCAAGAUUAUUCUCACAGUGUGCGGGGAGGUCGGACAGACUAGUGACCAGCAACCAAAUGAAGUCCGUGUCUUCAGCAGUACGCCUCUGGUUCAAAGGAAGGGUGUGUUCGGAGAGCAGCGGGACGCCACCGAUCUCUCCUCCAUGUUGCAUCCGAGCGCCGGAGAUGAAACGAAAACCCCCAACUCCUCCCACAUUGGGGAUAGUGUUUGCGACGUGGACAUUCAAGUGGAUAAAAUUGACACCAGCGAUCAGACCGUGGGGGAAAAACGCCCAGUUUGGCCCACGGAUAAGACGCCCAGACGGACGGUCAUCAGCAAGAGGGGCCGCCUGACGUGGAGCUCUGAGGACGUGGACGAGGCUUCGGACUCCAAGAAAAUGAGGCUGUCCAGAAUGAACAGCCAAGACGACAUGACCGCGCAGAUAAGGAGAGAAAACCGAGAAGGUUCUGUGUGCCCGUCAAAGCGCUGGAGCCAUACGAUGUGUCUGAGUGACCGCGACACCGCCAUCCUCAUCGGAGGGGAGACGGCGGAUCAGAACUACUGCGAGGACUCCCUGUGGAAGCUCGAGUUGGACAGCGACUUCUGGUUCCCGAUGCACUCCUCGGUCUCUGGGCCCGUGCCUCUGUGUGCCCGGGGACACUCUGCGACCUACGACCCCGGCACUAAGUCGCUCUUUGUGUACGGCGGCCUGAGGGAGGGCCGGCGCUACAGCGAGCUGUACGUCCUAAAUACCCUCACCUGGAAGUGGAAGCUUAUCACUGCGAAAGGGAAUGUUCCAAAUGUGGCGUAUCACUCCGCUGCCUUUUACAAGAAAGAGCUUUUUGUCUUCGGUGGAGUUCAGCCAAGUCAUGCCUCGGGGGAUAAAUCCUGCAGUAAUGCUCUGUACAUCUUCAACCCAGAGUUUGAACUCUGGUACCAGCCGAUUGUGGAAGGGGACAAACCACUGCCUCGGUUUGGCCACUCCGCCACACUGCUGUCUCAGAAGUUGAUCAUAUUUGGUGGACGGAAGACGGCGACCUACCUGAACGACCUGCAUGUUCUGGAUUUGGGGUUCAUGGAAUACACAGCUGUGAAGAGCGGGAACAUGCCACCACUGCCUCGAGGAUUUCACGCAGCUCUCCCGGUUUCAGACAACAGGAUUUUAGUCAGUGGAGGUUGCAGCGCCAUCGGAGCCCUGCAGGAUCUCCAUAUUUUCAACAUUGACACGAGCACAUGGAGCGCCGUGGUUUCUCCUGUGCUUUGCUCAAAGCCUCGUGCAGGACACAGCAUGAUCAACUGGGGCCGCUCCAUCCUGUCCGACGCAGCGAGGCGGGAGCGCGGUGACAACGCCGGCGUCCCGUUGCUGGUGUUUGGAGGCUCCGACUGCUCCGGUACCUUCUACAACGACACGGUCAAGUGCACAGUGGAGAUUCCUCCUGACAAGUGAUGAGCGCGGGAGGAUUCAGCAAGGACACAUUUUUUUUAGCUUCUUUUUUUCUUUAAAUAGUUGUGAACAAUGUGAUCUUCCUGAGAGAAAAUACUGUUUUUCAAAUUAAUUUUUAAAAUUUAUUUAGCAGUGUGGACUUUUUUAUUCCGUUCAAAUAUUUUUAUAAUCACGUAUACAAAUCUCUGAUCUGCUUGUUUUCCACGUUCCCCCCCGUCCUUUGUUCCCCACAUGUCGGUAUGUACUCAAGGGAAAAAUGUAAAUUAAAAAGACAAUAAAUAUAUA